UUAAUCUCCCAAAUAACAAGAACUCUUGAGUUUUUUUUUCUUUUUUCUCUUUUAAGUUUCAUUGUGCUUUCUCAAUUCUCAUGUUUGAAACUCUUCCUCUUUCCUAAGAUAUUUUUUUCUCUUUUGGGAAAAAAAAGAAGAGGAAGAGUUUCAACAAUUAUGUUAAUUAUUUAAAGAAGAGGAAGAAGAAAAAGAUCAAGAAUUGACAAGAUGUUGCAAAGAGCUGCAAGCAAUGCUUAUUCAUGGUGGGCAGCUAGUCACAUUAGGACCAAACAAUCCAAAUGGCUUGAACAAAGCCUUCAAGAUAUGCAAGGGAAAGUUGAAAGUGUGAUUAAGCUCAUUGAAGAGGAUGGAGAUUCAUUUGCAAAAAGGGCAGAAAUGUACUACAAGAAAAGACCAGAGCUGAUAAACUUUGUUGAAGAAUCCUAUCGUGCCUACCGCGCAUUGGCUGAACGAUAUGAUCAUUUAUCGAAGGAACUUCAGACCGCGAACAACACCAUCGCUACUAUUUUCCCUGAACAGAUUCAACAAGCAAUGGAAGAGGAAGAUGAAUUUGGUGCCCCAAAAAUGCCAAAAGAAUUCACACAAAUCCCACCAAGUGGAUCAAAAGACUUGAAGGCUCUUAUGUCUACUACCUCCAAACUAAGGCCAGGCAAAAAAUCGUCCAAAACGGAAGAUGUAUCGAAAUCUGGUUUGAACAAAAGCGAGGCUAUUGAAGAGAUCGACAGGCUUCAGAAAGACAUAUUGGCCUUACAAACUGUGAAAGAGUUCGUACGGAGCUCCUACAAAAAUGGACUUGAAAAGUACAGGGGAAUUGAAAACCAAAUCAUGGAAAAACAGCAAAAGAUAUAUGAAUUGGAGGACGAAUUUGGUGAGGGUCGAGUUAUUGAGGAUGCCGAGGCUUGCACUUUGAUGGCUGAAGCAGCAUUACAAUCCUGUCGAGAAACAAUAACUCAGCUCCAAGAGAAACAAGAUGUAUAUACACAAGAAGCACAAGGCGAAUUCAAGAAAAUCGAAGAUUCUCGUAAGAAACUUAAGUCCUUUAGGCAUAAGUAUCUUCGCAAUCAAACUGACGAACCAAAGACAAAUAUUGUUAAUAUCCCAAACCAAAUAGAGUCGUUGGACAAGAUUGACAACCAAAUUGAUGCGAGCUCUAAGGGGUCUAACGAGUUGUUAACAAUAUCACAAUUGGCUGAAAAAAUCGAUGAGCUUGUGAAUAAGGUGAUCAGCCUAGAAACAGAAGUUACAUCUCAGACUCUUUUAAUUGACAGAUUAAGAAGAGAAGCUGAUGAACUCCAAAAACAAGUUCAGUCUUUGGAAGAUGAUAAGGCAGUUCUGACGGAUGAUACACACAAUCUGAAUAUUAGGGUAACAGCGAUAGAAGCAAAGUUGCAAACUAUUGAGAUCCUCAACAAAGAUGUCGUAAACCAAAACAGUAGCCUUCAAACUCACUUUGUUGAAGCUAGUGCUAAUAUUGACCAUUUAUCCGGUAAAUUGAGUAGUGUCAAACCAGAUGAGGAGCUCGAUGGGACAGAUUCAUCGCCAAAUGACGUGACUACCCUUGUUGAAAUCAAGUUAAAAGAAGAUCCAGUAAAACAAAAAGAUCAUCCAAGUACAAUAAAAACAGAAGAUAAUGCAGUUUGCAAAGAGCAACAUUCCAUUCUAAGUGACAAAGGGGCAGUUAAGAAAACCACAAAGAAGCAUGUCACGUUUUUGCAGCCAACUCCAGCUGGAAAAGGCAACGAGCAAGUCUCGGAUGAAUCCGGAAGUAGUGUUUACGAGACACAAACAGAGAGAGUUGCGGAGAAUGAUGAACUUAACUGGCAACAGAUGCUGUUGAGUGGAUUGGAUGAUAAAGAAAAUAUUCUCUUAAAUGACUAUAAAACAAUUCUCAAGAAUUAUAAGGAAGUUACAAAGAAGCUGAAUGAUAUGGAGAAGAAAGAUAGAGAAACCGAACUUGACCUCACACUUCAGAUAAGAGAGUUUAAAUAUGCUAUCACAAAGAGGGAUGAGGAGAUACAUAAUCUACGUCGAAAAUUGAGUCUUUUACAGCAAGGAAAUAAGUCCGAAAAUAAAGAGCUGGAGGAAGAAAAAUGCCAAGCAUCUGAUCCUUCAUUUGCUCAAAACUUAAAACCCGAGGAUCUGCCACAAAGGAAGGAUGAGCGCGAUAAAGAAGACAUCAAGACGAUUGUGGUUGAUCAACGUGCAUCAGUAUCGCAAAUUGAGGGAAAACUCCGGAUGAGCAUUAAUGCAAUACUAAACGAAAACUUGGAUUUCUGGCUAAGAUUCAGCUCAGCUUUCCAUCAGAUUCAAAAAUUCAAGAAUACAAUCAACGACUUGCAGCGCGAAAUAUCUAAACUCAAAGACAAGGAAAUGCAAGAUAACAACAGCCUUAAAGUAGACACAAAAUCAGAAAUCAGGCCAAUAUAUAAACACAUGAAGGAGAUUCAGUAUGAGCUGACAUUGUGGUUAUCACAAACCUUAUCACUGAAAGAUGAACUAGAGCGCAAGUUCUUCGCUUUGUGCAGUAUUCAGGACGAAAUCGCAAAAGCACUAAAGGAGGGAGUUGCAUUAGAUGAAUUCGGAUUCAGCAGCCAUCAAGCUGCAAAGUUCCAAGGUGAAAUUUUCAACAUGAAACAAGAGAACAACAAGGUAAGAGAGGAACUGGAAGCUGGUGUUCGUCGUGUAACUAUACUUCAAGUAGACAUCGAGAAGACUAUAACACAGUUGGAUCAAGAAUUUGGACUUAAUGGAAACCAAUCACAACUGAUGCACACAGUGAGUAAAUCGAGAAUUCCUUUGCACUCAUUCAUCUUUGGAACUAAACCAAAGAAGCAAAAGCGUUCAGUUUUUUCACGGAUUAAAAGUUCUAGGUCCUGAGUACCUUUGUAUAGAGCUUUUAUUCUUGAUCUUGUUUUUUCUUCUUCCUUUUGGUUUUUCCCAUUUUUUUUUCUUUCCCAGGUUAUACAUGUAUAUGGAAGUUUGUUAAUACUCUAAACCGGUAUAUUAUUCUCUACAAGAAUUCUGACCGACGUAAAAUUAUGGAAUAAAAA